GCACACACAUACAUAUAUACCUGAAUUAGACAUCACUGUAACGAGUAUCAUGGAAGCCAAGCUGGCAGCGAUUCUUCUGGCUUGCUUGCUGUGUUGCAUCAUCAACUUCGGUGUGGCGGCCCACUGCUCGCUGUCCGACAUCUUGGUGACCCAGACCGGCACCGGCGGGUGGGCGCACGGGCAGCCGGAGUACGCGGUGACGGUGAAGAACACGUGCGGGUGCCCGCAGUCGAGCGUCACGGUGGCCUGCGACGGGUACAACACCACACUGGAGGUCGACCCGGCCAAGCUCCGCUACGACGGCAACGGGAAGCCCUGCCUCCUCAACAACGGCGCAGCAGUGGUGCAGGGCACCGACGUCACCUUCAGCUACGCCUGGAGCACGCAGUUCAAGUUCCAGCCGAUCUCGUCCACUGUGGUGUGCGUAGAUCAGUAGAGAUACUGAGUGAUGGAUGAAUAAGAACGAGUUUUUAGAGAAAAUACCAAGAGUUUUUGGAAGAAAAAUGGUAACCGGAGGCAAUAUAGUGUGUACGUUCAGUGCGCGCACGCAAUUGCUACUCCU